UCGACUGGAACGGCGGCAGCGGCUGAGGCGGCGGUGGAGAGACGAAAGAGAGCGAGAGUGCGCGGGGAGAAGGUCUGUUUGUUAUGUGCAACCCCCUUCUGACCCUAACCUAAGUAUGCAGCAGCGGCGGCGGCGUGGAAGUGCAGUCCCUGCGAGGCUGAUGCCCGAGAACUGGAAUUAGCCUCCAGUCUUGCAAAGGCAACUGAUGUGAGGUGUAAGCAACGAUGACUGAAUAUGGAAUAAAGUGGGCCUGCGAAUACUGCACGUACGAAAACUGGCCAUCUGCAAUCAAAUGCACCAUGUGUCGUGCACCGAGACCCAAUAGCACUAUAAUAACUGAAGAUUCAAUCAGAGGCAGCUCAAGUGAUCUGAAUCAAGAUUGGGAUACCACAGGUAUAGAGAGUAGCAGCAGCCCUCUGAUUUGUCCAGACUCUAGUGCUAGACCAAGAAUUAAAUCAUACAGUUCAGAGAGUGCAAGCAAGUGGUCAUGCCACAUGUGUACUUACUUGAAUUGGCCAAGAGCAAUUAGAUGCACUCAGUGUUUGUCUCAGCGUCGGACCAGAAGUCCUGCGGACUCCCCUCAAUCAUCUGGUUGUAUUUCAAGACCAGUUCAGGCUUCUCAGGACCCUUGUGAAGAAUACAAUGACAGAAACAGACUAAAUACAAAAGCACAGCAUUGGAUUUGUGCAGCUUGCACAUAUGAGAACUGCCCCAAGUCUCGGAAGUGUGCAGUCUGUGACUAUCCUAGACCUAACAAUUUGGAAGCAAUUGAAUUUGCAGAAGCAGAGGAGGCUUCGUCACUAAUAAAUGAGCAGGACAGGGCUCGAUGGAGGAGCAGUGGCAGCAGUGGUAAUAGCCAAAGGAGGUCUCCUCCUGUACCGAAACUUGAAACUGAGAUGAAAAUGGACUUCCAAAGGAUUGAGCUAGCACCUGGAGCUGUUUGCAGUAAAGGAGAUUUGGAAGUAGAUUUUAAAAGACUCAAGCAAAUAAAGAACAGAAUGAAAAGAUCAGACUGGCUCUUUCUCAACGCUUGUGUGGGAGUAGUAGAGGGGGAUCUGGCUGCAGUGGAAGCUUACAAGUCAUCUGGAAGUGACAUUGCUCGUCAGCUUGUAUCCGAUGAAGUACGUCUGUUGAAUCGACCUUCUGCUUUUGAUGUAGGUUACACCCUUGUACACCUUGCUAUCCGUUUUCAGAGACAGGACAUGCUGGCAGUUUUGUUGACGGAGGUGUCUCAGCAAGCUGCGAAGUGCAUCCCUGCAAUGGUAUGUCUGGAGCUCACUGAACAGAUACGGCGUGAAAUAGCUGCAUCACUUCAUCAACGCAAGGGAGACUUUGCUUGCUAUUUCCUGACUGAUCUGGUGACAUUUACAUUACCUGCAGAUGUUGAAGAUCUCCCACCGUCUGUCCAGGAAAAGCUGUUUGAUGAGGUGCUUGAUCGGGAUGUACAGAAAGAAUUAGAAGAGGAGUCCCCUAUUAUAAACUGGUCUUUGGAACUUGGAAGCCGUCUUGAUAGUCGACUGUAUGCUCUCUGGAAUCGCACAGCAGGUGACUGUCUGCUUGACUCAGUACUACAAGCAACGUGGGGUAUUUAUGACAAAGAUUCGGUUCUGCGGAAAGCUCUUCAUGACAGCUUGCAUGACUGCUCACAUUGGUUUUAUACACGCUGGAAGGAAUGGGAGUCAUGGUACUCUCAGAGCUUUGGGUUGCAUUUCUCUCUGCGGGAGGAGCAGUGGCAGGAAGACUGGGCAUUCAUUCUCUCUCUUGCAAGUCAGCCUGGAGCCAGUCUAGAGCAGACCCACAUUUUUGUUUUGGCACAUAUACUUCGCCGACCAAUUAUAGUAUAUGGAGUAAAGUACUAUAAGAGUUUCCGUGGAGAGACUCUGGGAUAUACACGAUUUCAAGGUGUGUAUUUGCCUUUGCUAUGGGAGCAGAGUUUCUGUUGGAAGAGCCCUAUAGCUCUUGGGUAUACAAGGGGCCACUUCUCUGCACUGGUUGCUAUGGAAAAUGUUGGCUAUGACAAUCGAGGUGCUGGCGCCAACCUAAAUACAGAUGAUGAUGUCAACAUUACCUUCUUGCCAUUGGUGGACAGUGAGAGGAAGCUAUUGCACAUCCAUUUCCUUUCAGCUCAUGAGAUUGGUAAUGAGGACCAGCAGGAGAAACUACUGAGGGAAUGGCUUGACUGUUGUGUCACCGAAGGUGGAAUUCUUGUUGCACAGCAAAGGAGCUCCCGUCGACGCAACCAUCCAUUAGUUACACAAAUGGUGGAGAAAUGGUUGGACCGUUACCGGCAGAUACGACCAUGUACUUCACUUUCAGAUGGUGAAGAAGAUGAGGAGGAAGAUGAUGAGUGAUGCAUGGUAUCUGAUGGUGUCAUGGGCAUUACUUUGUGCGGAAGCCUCCAGAUUGGACUCUUCUAGCUUGUCGUGCAUCAUGGAAAGUUUGGAUACCAAAUAGAAGUUCUAUAUGAAGUCUGAUCGUUGGCAACAGAAAGGCUGACGUGAUGUGCCAUGUUAAAAUCAGAACUGGCAUAGUUGGACAAUAAACUGUUUAUGCUUAAAUUUACUUUAAUGUUAAGAGAAAGCUUUCUUCCCCCCCCCCAACCCCCCC